AUGUCCAACCGGCCUAGUAACAGUCCAGGGGGCUCACUGCGACGUUCACAAAGGAACACUGUCGGGGCCCAACCACAAGACGACGCAGUAGGAGGAAGGUCACAUUUAGGGCAGGCAAAACAUAAGGCACAUAGCCCUUUUGAAAGUAAAAAAUCAGUAUCAAAGGCACCCAAAGUGCAGUCCAAUACUACUUCUGAACAGUCCAAGGGACAAGUUUCUAAAAGAGGCUGUACCUCAUCUGCUAUUAUAAUUCCACAACAAGAGGCUCUGGACACAGACAAUACUUUGGAACGGCAAAAACCAGGGCAGGUGCCUAAAAAGGACAGUUCUCGAGGAGUGAAACGCAGUGCUAGCCCAGAUUACAACCAGACAAAUUCUCCUAGCCCUGCCAAAAAAACCAAAGCACUUCAGCACGCUGAUUCUUCCUCAGAUUUGGAAACUAACAAGCCACAGACUAAGUCUAAGAAAAGACACUUGCAUCAAGAGCAGGAGUCAAAGUCUUCACAAUUGCCAUCAACAAGCAAGGCUCAUACCAGAAAGGGUGGAGCUGCCAGUGGCUCCCGAAGCCAGAAACGGAAAAGGACAGAGACCUCAUCCAUUGUAAAGAGUCGUCCACCAGCUGAAUCGACUGGCAGUGAAGAGAGACCAGCAAAACCCACCAAGCUGGCUUCAAAAUCAGCGAGCUCAGCCAAAGCUGGGUGUAGCACCAUCACAGAUUCUUCCUCUUCAGCCUCCACAUCCUCCUCCUCUUCUGUUGUUGCUUCUGCCUCUUCUGCUGUUCCUCAGGGUGCCAGAGUGAAACAGGGGAAAGACCAGAGUAAGGCCAGGCGUUCCAGAUCUGCAUCCAGCCCCAGCCCACGGAGAAGUAGCCGUGAUAAAGAACAGAAUAAAAUAAGUGGCUCUUCAAAGUUUGAUUGGGCUGCUCGUUUCAGCCCCAAGGUUAGCCUGCCUAAAACAAAACUGACUCUGCCAGGCUCUUCUAAGCCAGAGGCAUCAAAACCCGGGCCUUCAGGAUUGCAGGCUAAACUAGCAAGCUUAAGAAAAUCAACAAAAAAGCGCAGUGAAUCACCACCUGCGGAGCUCCCCAGUUUAAGGCGGAGCACACGGCAAAAGACCACGGGCUCCUGUGCUAGUACCAGUCGGCGAGGCUCUGGCCUGGGCAAAAGAGGAGCAGCUGAAGCUCGCCGACAGGAGAAAAUGGCUGAUCCUGAUAACAACCAGGAUGGAGUUAAUUCUUCAGCUGCACGAGCUGAUGAGGCUCCACAAGGAGCAGCAGCUUCUAGUUCUGUUGCUGGGGCUGUGGGCAUGACUACCUCUGGUGAAAGUGAAUCGGAUGAUUCUGAGAUGGGGAGAUUGCAAGCUCUGUUGGAAGCUAGAGGUCUUCCUCCACAUCUGUUUGGUCCUCUUGGUCCUCGAAUGUCGCAACUUUUUCAUCGGACAAUUGGAAGUGGAGCUAGUUCUAAAGCUCAGCAACUUCUACAGGGGCUCCAGGCUACUGAUGAAAGCCAGCAAUUACAGUCUGUGAUUGAAAUGUGUCAGUUGUUGGUCAUGGGGAAUGAAGAAACUUUGGGAGGAUUUCCAGUCAAGAGUGUUGUGCCAGCUCUGAUAACAUUGCUGCAGAUGGAGCACAAUUUUGACAUUAUGAAUCAUGCUUGUCGAGCCUUAACCUAUAUGAUGGAAGCACUUCCCAGAUCAUCUGCUGUUGUAGUAGAUGCAAUUCCUGUUUUUUUGGAAAAGCUGCAAGUUAUUCAAUGUAUUGAUGUGGCAGAGCAGGCACUCACUGCCUUGGAGAUGUUAUCACGCAGACAUAGUAAAGCUAUUCUGCAGGCAGGAGGCUUAGCAGACUGUCUGCUGUAUCUGGAAUUUUUCAGCAUAAAUGCCCAGAGGAAUGCACUAGCUAUUGCUGCCAACUGCUGCCAGAGCAUCACUCCUGAUGAGUUUCACUUUGUUGCAGAUUCUCUGCCAUUGCUUACACAAAGACUAACCCACCAGGACAAAAAGUCAGUAGAAAGCACUUGCCUCUGUUUUGCACGCCUAGUGGACAACUUCCAACAUGAGGAGAAUCUCCUCCAGCAAGUUGCCUCUAAGGAUUUGCUCACAAAUAUUCAGCAGCUCCUAGUAGUGACUCCUCCAAUUCUGAGCUCAGGGAUGUUCAUCAUGGUGGUGCGCAUGUUUUCCCUUAUGUGCUCCAACUGUCCUACACUAGCAGUUCAACUUAUGAAGCAAAAUAUUGCAGAAACUCUUCACUUUCUUCUUUGUGGAGCCUCCAAUGGAAGUUGUCAGGAACAAAUUGACCUUGUUCCAAGAAGCCCUCAAGAACUGUAUGAGCUUACAUCACUUAUCUGUGAAUUGAUGCCUUGCUUACCAAAAGAAGGAAUUUUUGCUGUUGACACUAUGCUAAAGAAAGGAAACGCACAGAACACAGAUGGUGCAAUAUGGCAAUGGCGAGAUGACAGAGGUCUUUGGCAUCCCUAUAACAGAAUUGAUAGCCGGAUAAUUGAGGCAGCUCAUCAGGUUGGUGAAGAUGAAAUAAGUCUGUCUACGCUGGGGCGUGUUUAUACAAUUGACUUUAAUUCUAUGCAGCAGAUCAAUGAGGAUACUGGAACAGCACGUGCCAUUCAGAGAAAACCUAACCCUCUAGCCAAUACCAACACUAGUGGACAUCCAGAAUCAAAGAAGGAUGAUGCUCGAGCACAGCUAAUGAAAGAAGACCCAGAACUGGCUAAAUCUUUCAUUAAAACCUUAUUUGGUGUUCUCUAUGAAGUGUACAGUUCUUCAGCUGGACCUGCAGUAAGACACAAGUGCCUUAGAGCAAUUCUUAGGAUAAUUUAUUUUGCUGAUGCUGAACUUCUGAAGGACGUGCUGAAAAAUCAUGCAGUAUCAAGUCAUAUAGCCUCUAUGCUGUCAAGUCAAGACCUUAAGAUAGUAGUUGGAGCCCUUCAAAUGGCAGAGAUCUUAAUGCAAAAGUUACCUGAUAUUUUCAGUGUUUACUUCAGAAGAGAAGGUGUGAUGCACCAGGUGAAAAAUCUUGCAGAAUCGGAGGCUUUGCUGACAAGUCCCCCCAAAGCAUGCACUAAUGGCUCAGGAACGCUGGGUGCUACUACAACAAUAAGCACUGGAACAGCCACUGCUGCUACCAAUGCAGCCGCAGACUUAGGCUCUCCAAGCUUACAGCACAGCAGGGAAGACUCUCUGGACCUGAGUCCACAGGGCCGAUUAAGUGAUGUUCUGAAGAGAAAAAGAUUGCCAAAACGUGGGCCCCGGCGGCCAAAGUAUUCACCUCCCAGAGAUGAUGACAAAGUAGACAAUCAAGCUAAAAGCCCUACAGCUACUCAAUCUCCUAAAUCUUCCUUCUUGGCAAGUUUGAAUCCUAAAACCUGGGGAAGAUUAAGCACACAGUCCAAUAGCAACAACAUUGAACCAGCACGUACAGCAGGUGUGAGUGGUCUGGCAAGAGCUGCCUCAAAGGACACAAUAUCCAAUAACAGAGAGAAAAUUAAGGGUUGGAUUAAAGAGCAAGCCCACAAAUUUGUGGAGCGUUAUUUUAGCUCUGAGAACAUGGAUGGAAGCAACCCUGCACUAAAUGUGUUACAGAGACUUUGCACUGCAACUGAACAACUCAACCUUCAGGUGGAUGGUGGAGUUGAGUGCCUUGUAGAAAUCCGUAGUAUAGUCUCUGAGUCUGAUGUAUCUUCAUUUGAGAUCCAGCAUAGUGGGUUUAUGAAACAGCUGCUGCUUUACUUGACGUCUAAGAGUGAAAAAGAUGCUGUAAGCAGGGAUGUGAGAUUGAAAAGGUUCCUUCAUGUGUUUUUCUCUUCUCCACUUCCUGGAGAAGAACCCCUUGGAAGAUUAGAGCCAUUAGAAAAUGCACCUUUGUUGGCUUUGGUUCACAAAAUGAACAACUGUCUUAGUCAGAUGGAGCAAUUUCCAGUUAAAGUCCAUGACUUUCCAAGCGGAAAUGGAACAGGGAGCAGUUUUUCUCUUAACAGAGGAUCGCAAGCUUUAAAAUUUUUCAACACCCAUCAGUUAAAAUGCCAGUUGCAAAGACAUCCAGACUGUGCUAAUGUGAAACAGUGGAAAGGUGGACCUGUGAAGAUAGAUCCCCUGGCGUUGGUACAAGCCAUUGAAAGAUAUCUUGUAGUUAGAGGUUAUGGCAGAGUGAGAGAAGAUGAUGAAGAUAGUGAUGAUGAUGGAUCAGAUGAGGAAAUAGAUGAAUCUCUGGCUGCUCAGUUCUUAAAUUCAGGGAAUGUGAGGCACAGGCUUCAGUUCUACAUUGGAGAUCAUCUCCUGCCAUAUAACAUGACAGUGUAUCAAGCAGUUAGACAGUUCAGUUUGCAAGCUGAAGAGGAAAGGGAAUCAACAGAUGAUGAAAGCAACCCUUUAGGAAGAGCUGGCAUAUGGACAAAGACUCAUACCAUUUGGUACAAGCCAGUGCGAGAAGACGAUGAUAGUAAUAAAGACUGUGUUGGUGGUAAAAGAGGAAGGGCACAAACUGCUCCUACGAAAACAUCCCCUAGAAAUGCAAAGAAGCAUGAUGAAUUGUGGCAUGAUGGGGUAUGUCCUUUGGUCUCAAAUCCUUUGGAAGUUUAUCUUAUAUCUUCGCCACCUGAAAAUAUAACUUUUGAAGAUCCAUCAUUAGAUGUUGUUAUUCUUCUGAGAGUUUUACAUGCUAUCAGUCGUUAUUGGUAUUACCUGUAUGAUAAUGCAAGCUGUAAAGAAAUUAUUCCAACAUCAGAAUUUAUCAACAGUAAACUCACAGCAAAGGCAAACAGACAGCUUCAAGAUCCUUUGGUGAUAAUGACAGGAAACAUACCAACAUGGCUGACAGAGCUUGGGAAAUCAUGUCCUUUUUUCUUUCCAUUUGACACACGGCAAAUGCUAUUUUAUGUAACUGCCUUUGACCGAGAUCGAGCCAUGCAGAGACUGCUGGACACCAAUCCAGAAAUCAACCAGUCCGAUUCUCAGGAUAGCAGAGUGGCACCACGACUGGACAGGAAGAAGCGCACUGUGAACAGAGAGGAACUGUUGAAACAAGCUGAAUCGGUGAUGCAGGAUCUGGGCAGCUCAAGAGCAAUGUUGGAAAUCCAGUAUGAGAAUGAAGUUGGCACUGGUCUUGGACCUACACUGGAGUUUUAUGCACUUGUAUCUCAGGAACUACAGAGGGCAGACUUGGGCUUGUGGAGGGGUGAAGAAGUUACUCUUGCUAAUCCUAAAGGAAGCCAAGAAGGGACCAAAUAUAUUCAUAAUCUUCAAGGUCUGUUUGCACUUCCCUUUGGCAGAACAGCUAAACCUGCUCAUAUUGCUAAAGUUAAAAUGAAGUUCCGUUUUCUGGGAAAACUGAUGGCAAAAGCAAUCAUGGAUUUUAGAUUGGUGGACCUUCCCCUUGGCCUUCCUUUUUACAAAUGGAUGCUGCGACAGGAGACGUCGCUAACAUCUCAUGACUUGUUUAACAUUGAUCCUGUAGUAGCCAGAUCAGUAUACCAUCUUGAAGAAAUUGUGCGGCAAAAGAAAAGACUUGAACAGGAUAAAUCGCAGACCAAAGAAAGUCUACAGUAUGCGUUGGAAACACUGACCAUGAAUGGCUGCUCAGUAGAAGAUCUAGGGUUGGACUUCACCCUCCCAGGCUUUCCAAACAUAGAGCUGAAAAAAGGAGGGAAAGAUAUACCUGUCACCAUCCACAAUUUAGAAGAAUAUCUCAGACUGGUUAUCUUCUGGGCACUAAAUGAAGGCGUUUCCAGACAAUUUGAUUCCUUCAGAGACGGAUUUGAAUCGGUCUUCCCCCUCAGUCACCUUCAGUACUUCUAUCCUGAGGAGCUGGAUCAGCUUCUGUGUGGUAGCAAAACAGAUACUUGGGAUGCAAAGACAUUGAUGGAAUGUUGCAGGCCAGAUCAUGGUUAUACACAUGACAGUCGUGCUGUGAAGUUCCUGUUUGAAAUUCUCAGUAGUUUUGAUAGUGAGCAGCAAAGAUUAUUUCUCCAAUUUGUGACUGGUAGCCCUAGACUGCCAGUAGGAGGCUUUCGGAGUUUGAAUCCUCCACUUACAAUUGUACGCAAGACAUUUGAGUCUACAGAAAAUCCAGAUGACUUCUUACCCUCAGUAAUGACUUGUGUAAACUAUCUCAAGUUGCCAGACUAUUCAAGUAUUGAGAUAAUGCGUGAAAAACUCUUGAUAGCUGCAAGAGAAGGGCAGCAGUCAUUCCAUCUUUCCUGAUCACAAUGAAAAAUGCAAUGUCUGCCUGUUACAGCAAAAAGAGAAUCAUGAUUCUUUUCUAAAUGUAUCAUCUGAGUCGAGGAAACGUAACGCCUCCUUGUAGAAAACGGCUUGCAGAUUAUAAACAAAGACACUAGGUUGAUACUCAUUAAAGGCCCCAUGGACUUAAAAGUGAUCAGGCCCUAAAGUUGUUGUGACAAGGUUUCUUUAGCAAGUUCUUGUUUUAAAUUAUCAUUUAUCGAUGAGUGAAGUUUAACUUGCUUUGCUGUGUGAAAUUUAAAAAGGGAUGUUUUUUCAGGCUGGAACAAUAAAUGUUGCUGUGCAGUUUAA